AUGUCCAGCCAAAGCGGUAAAGAUUGGCACUUUUUUGCCAAGUCAUUUGUAGCCGGUGGUCUUGCCGGCAUGACCAGCAAGACCACCGUCGCUCCUCUGGAUCGCAUCAAAAUUUUACUUCAAGUACACAAUUCUCAUUACAAGAACUACGGUGUCUUUACUGGCUUAACUGCAAUCGUCCGACAAGAGAGUUUUCUGAGCCUGUACAAAGGAAAUGGAGCGCAGAUGGUGCGCAUCUUCCCCUAUGCAGCAGUGCAGUUCAUGUCUUUUGAGGCUUACAAGCGUCUGCUGAACGGGCUCGUCGAUGCGAGGAGCAUCGCUGGUGCCCCCAAGGUGGUGAACCAUGAGCUGAAGUUUGUCGCCGGCUCAAUGGCAGGCGUCACAUCGGUGCUGAUGACCUAUCCACUUGACUUGGUGAGAGCUCGACUUGCCUCGGUGGUGGCAACGAAUGGCUCAACAUUGGUGGCCACAGCAAACCAAGCCCCGACAACCAUUGCAGGCACUCUGCUGCACGUCUUUCGCCACGAGGGCGGCAUCAAGGGCCUGUAUCGCGGCAUCACGCCCACCGUGCUCGCAAUGAUUCCCUACGGUGGCUGCAACUUUUACAUGUUUGAGCGGCUGAAGCACUGGUGCGUGCAGUACGCGCCAUCGGUGUGUUGCUAUCGCAAUUUAGAUAAUCCUGACAAGUUCGUACUGAACGUGCCCUCCAAGUUGCUGUGCGGCGGCCUGGCGGGCGCCAUUGGUCAGACUGCCAUCUACCCACUGGACGUUGCCCGGCGGCGGAUGCAGCUGAGUAUGACCAGUCAGGAGACGGCCGUCUACUCGCAGAGCUUUCUUCGCACCUUGCUCAUCACCUACCGCUCACAUGGCGUUGUCCGAGGUUUGUACCGAGGCAUGAGCGUCAACUACGUCCGUGCCAUUCCCAUGGUUGCAGUGUCCUUUUGCACCUACGAAGUCCUCAAACAACUACUCGGUCUGGAGACGGGUGUUGAUUCAGUCUGA